AUGUCGGAUAGCUCCUGGCCUAUACAGACCUUUAAAGUCUUAUCGUUGUUGACGAACCUUAUCGCCCCCAUCUUGAAGUCGUUGGGUAUCUUCUUUCCUCAAAUCGAGGUGUUGAAGAACUGCAGUCCAUCGGCAGUUAAGACAUGGAACUUCUUUGCAUGCCGUCGUGGUAUCACCGGUGGUUUUUCACUUUCCAGUAUCUUCUUCUCGACACUGGAGGGUUAUAGCUACCAUGCAAGUGCCGUGUACGGUAUUCACUUCGCCGCAAUACUUUCAUUGCUUUUCUUCCUUUACAUGACAAGGGAUGCUGACAAACUCCUUGAUGUCUGCUACAACAUCAACUUCAUCAACGUAGUCAAUGCGUUAUUUGUCAUUUUUGACAUGUAUUUUGGCUAUGACCACGAAGUAGGGAUUCAGAGUUCUUUCUUUGGAUUUAUCGUGUGUGAUUUAAUAUGCCAGAUUAUCAUCACUGCACUGAUCGUUUACGUACUCCGUGAAGUUGCCCCAGAUCUGGGGAGUUUGAAAUCGGAUAACCCCAACAAGCAAUAUUACAUCAACACUUUCCUGUACCGGAUGGGACCAAACCCUUCUUUAUGGAUGCUGGUGAACGCCAUUAGCAUGCAAUUGGUUUACUUGUGUACCGGGCAUGAUGUAUCGUUGCUUAUACUUCGCAUGGUAUGUGUCGCUCUGUGCUACCUAUCCAUGUUCAAGUUCAGGAUGUUCUUUUUCUAUAUGCAAUAUUCAGGUCAUCAAUCCGAGUACGUUUCCCUCAUGCACUGGCGAGAUGUCGUCAAAGCAUUCAAAAAUACCACCAAACAUUUCAAUAUCAUAAUGGAAGAUGAUUUCAGGAAGGAUAGGAUUGAAAAGUUCUUCGGUAAUAUAAAUUCGCCUUUCUACGUGAUCAUCAAUGCAAAUAUAACUACAGCCAAUUGCACCGUUCUGAAUCCUGAUGAGAUGAUCCUCAUGGCCAUGUACUGGGAUAAUAUGGAACAGUUCAGGAAAACGUUCCAAGACGCGGAAUUAUUCAUCCAAGGACUUAAGACUGGAACUGCUGCAAACGUGGAGAACGUUGCGAGUGUCAUCCUGAGUCUUGGGAAAGAGUAUGCCUUCCAUGACUUUGACAUAAAGAAACACGAUAGUGGAUAUGUUAUGAGUGUAAAGACAUCCCCGCACGCAAGCAUAUCCCUUGUAGACAUGCAACUUAUCAAAGACUGCAACCCAAUAAGGGUUCAAGACGUGUACGUGAAUGUUAUCGAAGGUGUGAUUCGUGUGAAUGUGAUCAUAUUGAAUUCAGGCAUACCCGUUGUGAUCACGGAUACCGACGUGAUAAGGGUCAAGAAGAGGAAGAUAUGGAAUAUAUUUCAGCGGGCAUAG